AAGUCUGUUUUAUUCUCAAAAGAAUUUGGGUUUUAGUGUGAAAAAACUGCACAGAGAUCAGGUUUCCAUCUACGUCGAUGUUAAAAACAAAGCAGAGCAAAUAGCUUCAGUGCAUCUUAUUGGUCUCAUUGUUGGUAGAUGAAGGUGUUUUUUUUGUCUGUAUGCCAGUUAGUCAGUCCAGCUCAAUGUUCCCCCAAGAGAGCAUUUUAAGGAUAUGUAUCAUGUCCCAAAAUGUUCCUACGAGGUUAAACGUUCAUCAGGACACGAACAGGGACGUUUACAGGAUGUUUGGAGGAAGCCGUCUGGGCCACAGAUUAUAACAAACGAUGAACAAAUGCCCACACUCCUCCAACAACCCAACGUCUUUGAUUAAACGCUCCUGUAUUAACAAAGGCAGAACAUUUUGCCUGCUGUGUUCUGAGGACGUCUGGGCUCCUUCAUGAAACAUUACCAGAAUGUUGCUGCUUGAUAACAAAGGGAGGAUGUCUGCAACGCACGAUUUAAAAAGAAAAAAAAAAACGCUAAAAAAAUAAGAGCACAACAGUGUUUUUUUUAAAAAAAAACAUUACAAGAACUUCCUCGAUUGGUUUCUAGAACCAAAACGUUCUGGGUUUAUGGAUGUGUGACUGUGGAUUAAUGGAUGGUUUGUAGAUUAAGUGUUGUGUCCUUUUAUGUGAGCAUUUGUGCAAAUUAAUAUCAGGAUCCUAAAAGGCAAACACAUGAGGAUCCGGUACCACAGUGAUGGAUGGACCACAGGGUGCUGGUGCCUUUCAUAUUCAGACUGCACGCUGAGUGUUAAUGUAAUUAAAGGACUCUUGGAUGUGGAUUUGGACAAAUACUGGUUGAAGCUAGUCAGUUCAGGCUGCCCAAGACUUCCUACCAUGUAAACCUGUCAGACUGCAGCACUUACAAGCUCAGUGUAGGAUGAAAACAAGCCUCCCACUUGGUCAAUCAAACAGCAGUGCUGGCCAAGCACAUACCAUUAUAGUGGGGGCGGCAGGUCAACAGCCCAUACAUUAGUGCAUCUGUAUGACAGCUGCUGAGCCAGGGCUGUACAGUGUGGUGGGGGUCGUCUGGCGGCUAUAAAUGCAUAUGAGCAGAUCCAGCCACGGUGCAUGUCCACAGCUGAGCAGCACCACGUGAAGACGCAGAUGAAAAGCUGCAUUCAUCUUGGCUCUGCUGGAACAGGAGGGGGCACCGUCAUUCACCGACAUCCCUCAUGUGACCGUAAGCUGCUGAUGGUGGUCAUGCUGAUGGAGGAGCUGCCUUCUCGCUUCUGUCAGCCUUGAUGCGAGCCAGAGCCGCCGGGGAGGCAGCGGCGGAGACACGCAGCGUCGCUCAGACUUCCACACGUUCGCUCAAGAUGGCUUGGAGAGGAGGGGGAGCGCGGUGGUUUUAUCGACCUGUCCGCCGCUUCAUCUGAGCCUGCCGUUCGUUUCCGACCCGAGGACUCGAAGGAAAAGACAAGGUGAUGACCUGGAUGGUGCGAUGUGAAUGACUGAAGACCAUGAAGCCUGCACACAAGCUGCUGUUCGUCCUGUGCCCCAUGCUGGUCCUGGGCUUUAUCUACUACUCCUCCGGGAAGCUGCAUCUGCACGUGUGGGGCCAGAAGCCACAGAGGGAUGCAGAAGAGACCACUGUAGUCCUGACUAAAGGUGCUGAAGUGAAAAGAAUACCAGAGUCGGAAACGGACAUCACCGUGGGACGAAUAGUAGGCUCAGGUACAGCCCCACCAGCUGACCCCCUACCCAUCCUUGUUGUUCCUCCACCACUUUUAAUGUAUGAUAAGCAGGGCUUUCUGCUGCAGCUGGACACAAAACUCCCACCGGAGUUGGCAUACAAGUAUGGCAACCUCAGCGAAGGCGUGUGCAAGCCGGGAUACGCAGCAGCCAAGAUGACCACCAUCUACCCUAAGUUCAUGAAACCAGCGCCCAUGUUUCUCGAUCGAAACUUCAAACGUCUAGCGAAAGUCAGCAAUUACUUACCUCCAUUUGGUUUCAAAACGCAAGAGAGAAUCAUAGACAGCAUUCUAACUGCCACGAAGAACUAUGGAUUCGGAGAGGAGCUCGACAGCCUGAGCUGUAAAAGAUGCGUCAUCGUGGGCAACGGUGGCAUCUUGUCCAACAAGUCUCUGGGCUCCCGUAUAGACGAAUAUGACAUCGUAGUGAGGUUGAAUGAAGCUCCUGUGAAGGGUUACGGCAAAGACGUAGGGACCAAAACCACCAUGAGGAUAACCUAUCCGGAGGGAGCCAUCCAGAAGCCCGAAAACUACGAGAAAGACUCGCUUUUUGUUUUUUCUGCUUUCAAACCGCUGGACUUCAAGUGGCUCAGACAGAUGGUCUACAAGGAGAAGCUGAGGGGCGUCGAGGGUUUCUGGAAGUCGGUGGCUCACUAUGUGCCUCGGGAGCCGACCGAGAUGAGAAUCCUCAACCCCUACUUCAUCCAGGAGGCUGCCUUCCAGUUCAUAGGUCUGCCUUUCAACAACGGCCUGAUGGGCAAAGGGAACAUUCCAACUUUGGGAACAGUUGCUAUAACGAUGGCACUGCACAACUGUGACGAGGUCUCCGUGGCUGGUUUCGGCUACGACAUGAACAUGCCGCACGCUCCUCUGCACUACUACGAGACCGUCAAGAUGUCCGCCAUCAAAGAGUCGUGGACACACAACAUCGCCAAGGAGAAGGAGUUCCUCCGCAAGCUGGUGAAGGCCAACGUCAUCACAGACCUGACCAACGGGAUCUGAGUUUACACCCACCUCCAGUCUCCCUCUGCCAUUCCCAGAGGACUUGAACAAACAAGAAGCUGGGAGAUGGUUUCACUAGUGGAGUAAAAAAUAAAAAUCAAACCCUCAGAGUCCGGGUGACCUGCACACUGCCGGGUUUUUAUAUCAAAGGAGAUUAUUAAAUACGAAAAUCAAAAAUUACAGGAGGGUUUCUGUGGAGAGAUGCACACACAUGUGCCUUCUGAACCAAAGACUCCUGCUGACUGAGGCGGGGGGACCGGGCCUGGGGAGGACUGGAUCCGCCUGGACAGCUCCGCCGGCCCCGCGCUUCAACGUUUACCACUUCAGACCCCAGAGUAUCACACGAAUGAAUAGGAAGAGCCGAGGCGAGCCGUCGACCCGCAGGAGUCGGGGUUCAGCUUGACUCGACCGGCCGAAGGGACAGAAGACAAAGGGACGAGAGACGACUGAGUGUGGGGAUGGUCGAGGAUGAGCAGUGCCAAACGUACCUCGUACAGGGGGGAGGCAGUCCGCCUCUCCUCUCUGCUGCCUGAAUGUAUUCACUUUCCUCAGUGUAAAUAUCAAAGAUUUCUACUGUGCUUUUUAACAAGCUGCAGCAGCUCCCGCCCCCGUCCCCACCUGCCACUGGUCCACUCACUCAUGUCAUUCUCUUUGGGUUUUUGUUUGUCUUUUUUUUUUUUUUUGCUGUCUGUCCCGGGUCCAAAAUUAUCACUUGCCAAGUCAGACGGCAUCAGUCACCUGCCACACAGACUGGAGUCGCUCUGACACGCUGCCGUAGAGGCUGAGCGCCCACACGGCUGCUCAGAGGCCGCCACAAACAUCAGAUCAAGUGUUUGAAGGUGUUAUCAUCACAACUCUAAAUCUGUUCUUAGUUUGAAACGACUCUAGCUUUGUAAGAUUUUUCUACACUAAAACGAAUCACGAGCUGCAUCAGGUAAAUGUUCAUUAUUCUGAUUGGUGUGUUUUAUAGCACAGCUCUGGCAGGUGAGCCCUACAGCACACCUGUGGCGCUGCGUCUCUCUGGUGUCGUGGUUCCGUCUCCAUGGCUUCACGGCUGUGGGCCUCCAGGCUGCAGCUCAGACCUACAGCAGCACCUCCACGCUCACGCCGGCUGUACAUCGGCUCCCCUUCAGCCUCCUGUUGCUGCAGACUGUCUUGUUCUUCAGUAAAUGGUGAAAUCUUGGAUUGUAGAAUAUAAAUAUAUAUAUUUUUGUUUGUAGGUUAAUUUUAAUUAUUUAUUUUGUAAUGGAGACCCAACGUUUUGGUCACAGGCGGGCCUGCUUUCUGCUGCCGACAGAAGUUUCCGUUUGUGUUGUAGAGCGUAGAACCAGCCCCACAUGCUGAAACCAUCGACGAAUCAGUUUUAAAUUGGCUUCAUGUUCAAUGUGAGCAGCUCUUUGUUUCUGUGCAGUGUGUGUGUCGACACAAUGCGUGUGCUCUUCUGUGACGAAGGGCGUAAAAUAGGAAUUAAUUUAAAGUUCUUUAAAUUCAGAGGGUGUGGGCGGUGAUCAGGUUCCAGUUCUUGGUCCAUGUGCUGAUCAGGCCUUUGCACUUUGCACAUGGACGCUGUGCCACAUGCGUUUCAGUAUUUUGACAAAGAAAAGUGUUUAUUAUCACUCUAUCAUUGUGCGUCUCCUUUUCCUCCCCCUUCAGCAGAACAACAUGAGAAUGUCACAUCUGUUUGCAUUUUUAUCACAUGAAUGCGA